AGUCUAAACCAUAUGCACAAAGUGAUCUGAGAAACAGUGCAGGUUUUCCUGUUCUCUUUUUAGAGACGAUAAAAUAAAGGGACUGCGUAAUUUAGAAUUUGGAGACAAACGGAAGGAUUUAGGAAAUAACCUAUUCGCUUCGUGCUAUUAGUAUUGGUUUUGUUUUUUUAGGUAGCAUAACUUGCCUACUCAGUGGAUAUGCAUCGGUCCCAUCUGUAGCACUCUAUGGUGCCCUUAACUGCGCCUCGAGUUUAUGGACCCCCGCUCAAUGAUGACUAUGAGUUCAUUGUCGGACAGUCUGGUUGCUUCUGAUCCCUCCAAAUCGGCAUUUCUGGAGUUCGGACACGGCUAUCCCGGCCACCAGCAGCACUCCCCCAGCUUGUCCCACAACCACUAUCCAGUGCACGGCUUGCAUCCCGUCGGACCCUCGCAGCACGAUAGUCCCUUUUCUUCGAGUGCGUCAUCUUAUGGCCGCCCGCUAGCCUAUCCUUACCACAGCACCGUAAGCGCACACCACCCAAGUGCCUACCUGCCAUACCAGCACAGUAGCCACAACAACGGUCUGGGACACACGAGAAUAGAGGAAACAGAGCUUGAGAAGCCGACCACGGUGAUCGAGAAUGGAGAAAUUCGACUGAACGGAAAAGGGAAGAAGAUCCGAAAACCUCGGACCAUCUACUCAAGCUUACAACUGCAGGCGCUCAACCAGAGAUUCCAGCAAACCCAAUACCUCGCGCUCCCUGAGCGUGCCGAUUUGGCGGCAAAAUUGGGACUAACUCAAACACAGGUUAAGAUAUGGUUCCAGAACAAACGCUCCAAGUACAAGAAGAUCAUGAAGCAUGGCACGGGCGGACCGGAGGGAGAGCAUCUGCACGCUGGGUCAUCCGGGUCUCCGUGUUCCCCGGGGAUGCCGCCACUUUGGGACGUUUCCAUGGCAAAUAAGGGGACGCCUGCGCACUCCGGUGGAUACAUGAACAAUUUCGGACACUGGUACCCAAGCCAUCACCAGGAAUCUACGCCGAGAACUCAAAUGAUGUGAUAGGAUAUGGGACAAUGGAAUGGAAUUCUGUACGCUCUCCUCUUGUACAUGAACCGCGUAGCCUAUCCCUUUUAAAUAUAGCUCCAAGCCCCAGCUAUCACAUUAGAGACUUUUCAGUUUUUGAAAUGGCCGUUUAAAGGUCUUUUGUUUGGAUUUCAUCCGAGGUUUUGCCUUACAAUUUAUUGGACAAAUGACUACAUGGAUUUUGCUUGGAGGCCUAUGUGGAUCUGUAUUUUGUAUGCAGUUCAGUUCCAAAUAAAUCCUCAGUGGUCAACUAUGCACUGCAAUAAUAUCUAUUUUUACGAAAUGAGUUUGAGCAUGCCUAUGAAAAUGCCUAAGCCCGUCCCCAUGAGUUACAAAGCAAUCUAAGUUAAAUUCAAACGUUUACAUUUCACCUGAUAAGUAAUAAUUAUAAACUCGUGCAUUACUGAAAUUAUGUCUUUGCAUCAAAUAUUUCAACCACACAUACACACACACAUAUUAGAUAUAUAUAUAUAUAAAUAUGUGUGUGUGUGUGAUUUAAAUAUUUGAUGCAAAGACAUAAUUUCGGUUAGGCAUGAGUUUAUAAUUAUUACUAUUAUUAAUAUUAUUAUUAUUAGUAGUAGUAGUAGUAGUAGUAGGCUAUUAUUAUUAUUAUUAUUAAAGUUAAUAUCAAAAUAUGCCAAAAGUGUAAAAAAAAAGGGACUUCUACGCCGCAAUAAUAAAACUAACAUCUCACAUAAGAAAGGGUCAUGUAUUUUACCCUAAAACAUCUGGAAAAGCAAUAGAGGGUACUAUUUUAACAUUGACAAUGAUUUUAUAAAAUGGCCAUGUCAAUUAAAGGUAAUUUGGGACGUAGCUUGUUAAAUAAAGCUUUCAUUCCAACAGUAUAAUUACCAGCAAUUUGCAGGCAACAAAAUAUCCCUCUCCAAAACUGAAAGUCCAAAGGAACUAAUAGGAAAAGGACAAGGAGCAUCCAUCGGCUGUUGCGGCUCUACAAGGCAACGGAAUCGUCAUUAACCGAAAUGACUUGCAGGUGUAAGCUAAUUGUAGCCUAUCAGCAGUCUGACACAAAUAGCUGAAAAACGAGAGGCAAAAGACAUGACAGCGCUCGAGUCAAAACCAACUGUGGAGAUUUAAAAAAAAGUUUAGGACUAACUAUUGAGCACAGAGGUGGCACCACAGGUACAGAGUGGUGUGGCGAAAAAAACAAUUAUGGGGCCGGUAGUUUUUCUUGAUCUGGUAACCUAACCACGUAAAGUGCAAUGCCUUAUGCGGUAGGACAUGAUUCAUCUCUUGUAAAAAAAAGAAAAAAAAGUUUAAUAUGGGCAGUGAUGGAAAUGUUUAAUAUGGGCUGUGAUGGAAAUGUUUAAUAUGGGCUGUGAUGGAAAUGUUUAAUAUGGGCUGUGAUGGGACCAGAGUUUUUUAAUCAGGUCACAUGGGUUAGAAUAAAAAAAAAACUGGGAAAAGUCCUGGCUUUGGGGAGGAUGAAAACCCAGUCAAACUGCAGCAACAUUGUACGUGUUCAUAUCUGAAUUGUAUUUUAAAGGACUAGUGGGGGUCCUAUACACGUACACAGAGAAAGCAACAUGAUUGGACAAUAAAACACAAGGAGCUUUCCUUAUGCUGAUUUGCAUCGUGUAGUCCUACCCUAUGCAACUGUAGGCCUAAUAAAACAUUUACUCACAGUC